AUGAUCACUUACGCCAUCCUCGGUGCCACCGGCUCAACGGGCUCAGAGCUUUUCAAACUCCUCCAUAAACGCAGCGACGUCCACUUGAAUAUUUACGCUCGUUCUGAAAGCCGACUUGACAGCAUUUGCCCCGAGUCACGCAAUUCUUCCCACGUCACCCGCUACAUUGGAGACAUGAACGACACGCAGCUCUUGGUAGAGUGCUUGAGGGGAACAUCGGCGGUAUUCGCAACGGUCGCGCAGAACAACACUGAGCCGAACUGCUCUCUCGCGGUCCGGUCUGCACAGCAGAUCGUCAAAGCACUCGAAGUCCUCCGUGACGAGUCCAAAGGCAACGGUCAGCGUUGGAAGUGCCCCACUGUUGUGUACAUCUCGUCGAGCACCAUCAACGACAAACUCAACGCCUUGUUCCCUCCGCUCGUCUACACGUUUAUCCACACGUCUCUGUACGACCUCUACGAAGAUAUCUCGAAUGCGCAGAAGUAUCUUCGAAUGUUCCCCUGGAUCCCUGUCAUCUUUCCGCAGCCCGGCGCGAUAGUCCAGGACCCGAAAAGCUACGGAGUGCGAUUGAGCGAGACGAAUAUAAGCAUGAGAAUCGGGUAUACGGACGUAGCUGAAGGAAUGAUACUUCUUGUGGAGGGAAAAGAGUGUUCUGGUGAUACUGAGGGGGAUCCUGAGAAAUGGAUUGGCAAGGAGGUUGGGCUGGUUAGCCUCGGUGGAGAACAAGUGGCGUGGACCGGAUUUCCUUCGAAUCUCUUUAAGAACAUCCUACCAGGAUUCUUGUGUACGUUUUUGCCCAGCGUCUGGAGGCUGGGGAGAAAGGCUGGACUAUGGUAG